UCGUGAAAGCACAUUGACGCAGAAAGAAGCCAGAAGGACGCUAAUAAGUCAGUCUUAUUAUUUCUUCUCCAGUUUGAAAUAUUUACGUCGUAUAAAAUACAUCUUUGAGUCUUCAUUUAAGGAUAGAAGCGUCUCGAUGUGCUUGAAGCACUUUGCUGGAUCUCGUGCUCGUUUAUUGUUAGUUAGCUUAGCUUGUUAGCUGCUAACAGAAGUUAUCAACACAUCGCUAAGUAGAGAUCAAGUGUGAGAGUAAAGUGUUGUGAUUGUGUGAAAAUGUCUACAUUACACAUGUUGAGAGCGUUGGUGGAUCAGCGACUAACUGCUGCCGUUGAAGACAUAUUUGUAGUGUUAGAAAGAAUGAUAGCAGAAUACGAGGCGGAACUUUCUAGAACAAAAGAGGAGAACUAUCAACUACUGGACGCUGUUUUCAAGAAACAUCAAGUUGUGUUACACAGAUCAGACGUCCAGCAGCCCCCUCACAUUGAAUAUGAUGAGGAGGAUCCACAGCCCCCCCACAUGAAAGAGGAAGAGAAGGAAGUGUGGAUCACUCAGGAGGAAGAGUGUGUUGUAGGGCAGGAGGAGGAUGAUGUCAGCAAGUUUCCACUGACUGUUGUCUCUGUGAAGACUGAAGAGCAUGAAGACAAAGCACCUGAAUCCUCACAGCUUCAUCACAGUCCAAACGUCCAGCGGGUGUCAGCGGGGAGUCAUGAAGAGGAGUGGCACACCAGUGUGGGACAGAAGGAGCUACAGGCCCCCUCCCACAUUAAAGAGGAGCAGCUUCAUGAUGAAGAUGAAGCUCAGUCCUUACAGCUUCAUCACAGUCAAAGUGAGGAGAACAGAGAGGCGGAGCUUGUAAGUCAACACAUCACAGAAGCUGAUGGAGAGCAUUGUGAAGAUAUAAAGUCAGAACCAGACAGCAUCUUUGCUCCACUGUCAGACAUGGACCACAUGAUGUCACACUCUUCUGAUCACAGUGACCACAUCCAAAAACCUUUGGAGAGUAAAAAUGACUCUAAAGGUGAUACGAGACAUCACACUAACAACAAACACUUUGACUGCUCUCAAUGUGGGAAAUCAUUUAGACAUAAGAGUUAUUUUAUAAGACACAUGAGAAUACAUACUGGAGAGAAACCUUUUACUUGCUCAGUUUGUAAGAAGAGUUUCUCCACAAAGCAAAGCAUGACCAUACACAUGAGAAUACACACUGGAGAGAAACCUUUUACUUGCUCUGUUUGUAAGAAGAGUUUCUCCACAAAGUGUGACAUGACCACACACAUGAGAAUACACACUGGAGAGAAACCUUUUACUUGCUCUGUUUGUAAGAAGAGUUUCUCCACAAAGGGUGACAUGACCACACACAUGAGAAUACACACUGGAGAGAAACCUUUUACUUGCUCUGUUUGUAAGAAGAGUUUCUCCCAAAAGCCAAACAUGACCAAACACAUGAGAACACACACUGGAGAGAAACCAUUUAAUUGCACUGUGUGUGAUAAGAUGUUCAGGUUUAAGAAGCAGGUGAGUGGACACAAGUGUGUAACAGUCAUGGAAGCUGCAGGGAUGUAAAAACACUUAAACAGUGAUUGUGCUAAAUGUAGUUUAAAAACACAGCAUGUUUAAUAUGAAUGUAUAUUUGAUGUUGUAUGUAGUGCUUCUCAUCUUCUAGUCUUAUAUGUUGUACUGUAGUUACUGUUUAAAGGCCUACUGAAAGCCACUACUAGCGACCACGCAGUCUGAUAGUUUAUAUAUCAAUGAUGAAAUCUUAACAUUGCAACACAUGCCAAUACGGCCGGGUUAACUUAUAAUAUGCAAUUUUAAAUUUCCCGCCACACUUCCGAUUGAAAACGUUUUAUUAUGCUGACGUAUGCGUGUGACGUCACGAGGGCAAGGGAAGUAUUCGGAGACCGUAGAAUCCAAUACAAAUAGCUCUGUUUUCAUUUCAUAAUUCCACAGUAUUCUGGACAUCUGUGUUGGUGAAUCUUUUGCAAUUUGUUUAAUGAACAAUGGAGAUUGCAAAGGAGAACGUUGUAGGUGGGAUCGGUGUAUUAGCGGUUGGCUGUAGCAACACAACAAGGACUACUUACUUGGAUAGCAGACGCCUAGCCGAUGCUAGCCACCAACCCCAUGGAUGAUCGGGUGAAAUCCUUAGUCGCGAAGUCGAUCGCUGGAACGCAGGUGAGCACGGGUGUUGAUGAGCAGAUGAGGACUGGCUGGAGUAGGUGGAUAGCUAAUGUUGUUAGCAUAGCUCUGUGAGGUCCGGUUGCUAAGUUCGCUUCAGCGUCCUUAGCAAAAGCAUUGUUAAGCUUUGCCAGGCUGGGAAUUAUUAACCGUGUAGUUACAUGUCCAUGGUUUAAUAGUAUUGUUGAUCUUCUGUCUAUCCUUCCAGUCAGGGAUUUAUGUAUUUUGUUUCUAUCUGCAUUUGAGAACGCUAUCACGUUAGCUCAGUAGCUAAGUGUGUCACCGAUGUAUUGUCGUGGAGAUAAAAGUCACUGUGAAUGUCCAUUUCGCGUGCUCGACUCUCAUUUUCAAGAGGAUAUAGUAUCCCAGGUGGUUUAAAAUACAAAUCCGUGAUCCACAAUAGAAAAAGGAGAGAGUGUGGAAUCCAAUGAGCCAGCUUGUACCUAAGUUACGGUCAGAGCGAAAAAAGAUACGUCCUGCACUGCACGCUAGUCCUUCACUCUCACGUACCUCAUCCACGAAUCUUUCAUCCUCGCUCAAAUUAAUGGGGUAAUCGUCGCUUUGUCGCUCCGAAUCUCUCUCGCUCCAUUGUAAACAACGGGGAAUUGUGAGGAAUACUAGCUCCUGUGACGUCACGCUACUUCCGCUACAGGCAAGGCUUUUUUUAUCAGCGAGCAAAAGUUGCGAACUUUAUCGUCGAUGUUCUCUACUAAAUCCUUUCAGCAAAAAUAUGGCAAUAUCGCGAAAUGAUCAAGUAUGACACAUAGAAUGGAUCUGCUAUUCCCGUUUAAAUAAAAAAAAAUAAUUUCAGUAGGCCUUUAAAUUGUGUGCAUGUAUUGAAUAUUAUAUAUGUAGCUACUAUUUUAUUCUAUUUUGUCAUUGUUAGAGGACAUAUUAUUAUUAGUUUUUUUUUCCACACAUUUUUCCAUUGCAUUUUAUUGAUGUUAUUAUCCAACUAAAAGUAUGAAUGAAUAAAAUGGUUAACAAAAUGUGGACUGUGGUAGAUUAGCAGCAUUGUUACAUCAUGGAUGUUAACUACUGCAAAACAUCAACAAAGAAGAAACAUGCUGAAGUUAGCAACACAUCACUGAACUUUAGAGCCAUCGUGAGUGGAGUUGCUUGUUUUUAUUGCUGCAUUUCUACUUAUUUCACCUCACAUCUUCACUUUUAAUACUAAAGUCUUCUUCACA